GUUUCCCACCUGUUGUUGCUCCAUCUCUCCAUUUCCACGUCGAUGAAUCCUGUCCAAGCGGAGGCGGCGGAGGCAGACGGCGGCCGAGGAGGGCUGUUCAAGGGCCUGAGGUUCAGGAACGACAAGCCGCCACGCGAGAUUGUGACAUUUGAGCAAAACCUUGAGCAACUCCAUUUAAGUGAAGCCUCCCAUCAGCUGAUAGAGAGAGAGAACAAUCUGUUUGUGGAGAAAACGGACGAAGGCGUGGACGGGCUCGCGGCAGAUCACAAGAAGCUGAAAGACGCGGUGGUGGAGACCUUGAGGCAGAGCUUGUCUCUCAGCCCUGGAGAGGCCCGUGCCGAGGCCCUGACCUCGGCGGUGAAGGCCCUCUGGCAGGAGGAGCAGCAGGAGCAGGUGUGGAGACUGAGCCAUGGGCCGCUGCCUGCCUGGAGGCCCUGCGGUUUAAAGGAGCUCCACGACUCCAUGCUGUGCAGCCUGGUGCGGGAGCGGAUGGACGCGGCCCCAUCCACCUCUGUCGACCAGGUGGAUCAGUCCACUUUGAAGGCAGCCAUCACCGGCAUGGGCAGGCAGCUGAAGGAGGACCUGCUGUUCGUGGUGGAUGUGGUGAAGAGCUGCUACCCCCUGAAGAUGGACAUCUGUAACUUCUACGCAAGAACGUACCAUCAAACCUUCAGCAAUAAAGUCAAAGAGAUGUCGGCAUCCUGUCUAGGAGACGAGGACUGCACUUUCCUCCUGCUCUGGGUGAAUGAGUACUAUCCAGAAAUCCUUCAAAAUCCGAAGCUGGCCAGUGAGAUUGACACUGACGCACUGGGGAAGCUGGUGCCUGGAGAGUUGCUGGAACAUCUGGAAACACAGUACCUGAGCAGAAGACAAAGUAAACUGAUGACCUACAUCAGUCAGAUCCUAAAGGAAGCAGAGCAGAGGUGGAAUGAUGAGGAGGAGCCUAAAAAAGAAUACGGCUGCUACGUCAGCCCUGUGGCCUAUGACAUGAUCCAGUUCAUCAACGGCAUGGUGGCUUCGGCUGUAAAAGUGGUGGGAGACCAGCGUAAGGCCCAGAGCUUAACGUGCCAGCUGAGUAGCUUAAUGCAGAGGUUCAAGAGCUUCCACGAUGACAUCAUUAGGCAAAACAAACCGAUCAGCAGCGCCUACGUCAAGGCUCACCUCAACUGUGUCAAACAGUUCAGGGACGUCCUCAUCAACAACCACCAUCUGUUCCCAGAGGGAGUCCAGAGGGACUGUUUGUGUGUCCUAACUAACAUGAAGAAAUCUGCCCAUGUGUAUUUAUUAGGCUCUGUGCACAAGGUGCUCCAUCCACAAUACCGCAUGCUGGGAACUGAUGCCUGGUUGUACAGGGCCACAUUUGACCGUCUGCUGGUCAGCAUUGAAGCAGAGAGUCAGGACCUAAAGAGCUUAACUGAAUCCUGUCACCAGGAGCUGAUUGGUGAGUUUCAUCAGGAAGUGGCAGAAGAAUACGUGAGGAGGCUCCUGAAAGGAAAGGUCAAGCUGAAGGACAAGGAUCAGCAGCACCAGGCCUGCAUGAUCGUGAAAGACAAUGCCACGCAUCUGCACAGGUUAUUCAGUGAAAUGGGAUCGGAGAAAGACUGGUUAAAGGAAAUCCUGAACAAAAUUGCAGAAGUGUUGAGACUUCAGGACGUGCCAGCCAUCCAGAUGGAAAUUGCAGCACUGGGAAGAGCCUUUCCUGACCUCAAGGAAAAUCAGGUUUCAGCCCUGCUAAAGCUCAAGACCACCCUUACAGCAGCCCAGCGGAGGAGAGUGGAAGAGGCCUUGACAUGCACAUUAAGGGAAGUGGCUGCCACACCUACGUGUCCUUUUUUCUCCAAAGUGAAGGUCACAUAAGCACUUUUGCCACACAAAGCUGAUGAUGAGAGAAAAGACCACAAUUAGUCGAAACAUUUCCUGAUGCUGUGUUGAAACUGAUAAUAAAUGAAAGGGUCAUUACUGUCUUACUGUCAAAGCCACUGUUCUUAGUAGUGCUACUGACAAUGCUGCUUUUCACUGCUUUUUAUCAGCUAGUAUGAAGUAGUAGACCAGUAUGUGACACUGUAUUUUUAUAUCAUAUUGAUUUUUCUGUAGUGUAGCUUCUGCCUUCAUGUUCAGUUCAGGGAGACAUGAAGUGUUUUGUUUUAGUAAUGGACUUGAAAUGAGAAAACGUUCCUAGUAUAUCUUCAUAUACGAUUCAGCCUCUGAACCCGAAACGUCUUUGCUGAAACCUCUAAUAUAUCCAAAAAAUGUUGUUAUAUUUCUGACAAGAUCAAAGUGUUGGACCGACCAACAAUACCAGGAUUCUUCUAGUCAAAAAAGGUAGCUAGAAGAAAAUAGAAGCACAAAUCAUCCUUGAACCUCAUUAAGCUCUCAAUUAAACAAUUGUGGGAAAUAAUUGAGCCACUUGUUGGAGACAGUCGUCAUUAAGCCAAGGUCCUGUCAUUUUAUUGUAAUUCCAGCUAAUCUGGGAAGGAUGUGAGUCUACAGAGGAAGUAGUAGAGAGAGUGCAAAACCUACUGAGACCAAGCGAAUCAAUGAAGCAAAAAAAUAGGAAAUACAGUAAAUAGAGUAAAUAAAUAAAUAAAUAAAUA